UUUGGGAGGUUUGCCUGCCGUUUCAGCCUCCUUCCUCCACACGUAACGCAGCGCCGCCGCCGUGCCCGUGCCGGCGGCGUUUGCUUGCUCUGCUCUCCAUGCAAUUAGGCAGAUAUCACUGAGCUCCUCCCCGCCCGUGUUCGCGCCUGCAAUGCCAGCCUCGCCGUCCCCGCCCACUCGCUGCUUCUAUGCUCCACGCCGCACGGAGGCGGACACCGCCGCUCCCUGCCAGGCUCGCCGCCGCCUUCUUCGCCGCCAAGCCCCAGCCCCAGCCGCCCGCCCUGUCGCCGCAGAUCGUCGAGACCGCCGUAUCCCGCUGCCCUUCCGACGCCCUCGCGCUCUCCUUCUUCCUCUGGUGCGCCCGCCGCCCCGCCUACUUCCACCCGCCCUCGUCCUUCGACCGCGUCCUCCCCGCCGCCACGCGCCUCGCGUCCCGCCUCGGCACCGCCCCCGCGCUCCUCCGCGAGCUCCAGAGCCUCGGGUGCCCCAUCAGGCCCCACACCUUCCUGCUCCUGCUCAGGCUCUACUGGCGCGGCGGCCUGUACCCGCUCGUGCUCCACCUGUUCGACGAAAUGCCCCGCUGGGGCUUCCACCACAACGCCUUCGCGCGCAAUGUCGUCCUCGACGUACUGCUCAGGACCGGCUGCGUCGAUGAUGCGUUGCGCUUCGUGCAGGGCAACCCGUCGCCCAACUACCUCACCUAUGCCAUUGUCCUGACUCAUCUCUCCAGAGCCAGGGAUUGGUCAGGGUUGCGCGUCUGUUUCACAGCUAUGCUGAGCCAAGGUUUUCUCCCCAGCGCCACUUCUCUCGCCUCGGUCUUUGCCUGUUGCAGUAAGGCUGGUACCAUGGCCGAGCUACAACAGCUGCUGUCCUAUGCGCUUGUCUCGGGCCAGCAGCUCAGUCCGGCCAUGUGGACGUGUCUCAUCGCUCGUAUGUGCAGUGAGGGAAGGCUAGAUGAGGCCUGUAAAACUCUUGGAAAUAUGGUGCGUUCUGGCUCUUCACCAACAGUGGUGACUUACACACCGCUUGUCAGAGGUCUCUUCCGAGCUGGGAGGCAUGACAUUGCCAGUGAGCUGCUGGGAUCCAUGGCAUCCAACGGUUGCACCCCAGACCUUGUUAUGUAUAAUGUUCUGAUGGACUGCAUGAUGAGGGAGAGGAGGUACGAUGAGGCCAUAGACAUCUACCUACAUCUUCAUGGGAGCCAGAUAAAGCCGGAUGCAUACACUUUGUCUACUUUGGUUCAGGUAUUGCAGUUGUCACGGAACAUAGAUCUUCUCCCUAGGUUAAUCCUGGGCUUGGAUAUCUCUUAUGAUCUUGUGGCUUGCAAUUCUAUGCUGAGUGCUCUGUGCAAGUCAGGGUUUCCAUCCGAAGCCCUUCAGUUCUACAUCGAUAUGAUUGGUUUGGGCAUCAGGCCAGACAGCUACAGUUAUGUUGGAUUGUUGGAUAGUUUGUGUCACUUGGGAAGGAUAGAUCAUGCAGUCAACCUCUACCGCAGUGUUGUCACAAGCAAUCCUGAUUCAGACGCCUACGUCCAUGCAGCCAUCCUCCGUGGCCUUGUUAGAAGGGGCCAGAACAUAAUGGCAUUUAGGAUUCUCAGGGAGGCUGUGCGUCAAAAUUAUGCACUUGAUACCGUGUGCUACACCAUUGUUCUGCAUGGUCUAUUCCGAGGUCAUUUUGUUCAAGAGGCUCGUGAUUUGUUUGACAAGAUGAAGGAUUCAGGAGUUGCUUCCAACACUUGUACAUACAAUGUAAUGCUUCGUGGACUGUGUAGAGCCAGGGAUAUGCUUGCAGUCACGCAGUUACUAACAGAAAUGGAAGGCGCCAAUGUUCACAUGGAUAGUACCUCAUUCAACGUGGUAGUUGUGCUCUUAGUCAAAUUGCAGCGCAUCAGUUCGGCAACAGCUUUGAUCAGAGAAAUGCUCAAUCUAGGCAUGAAACUUAGCACCAAAACUUGCUGGUUACUUUCUCAAUCAAUUGGUCAUAGAUUCGUUUUGGAGGAUUCUAUCAGUGCUGAAAGUGAUGUGUCUGACUCAACAUGCGAUCUGCUUGUAUGCUCAGCUUCAUAGUCUACUUUUCGAUGGAACAAGCAUGCUGUUUAUGGUAUCUCCACUUUUGUGAUGUAAUUGAUACAAAAUAUAAAAUACUGAAGGCUGGAGAAAUUCUAAAUGAAUUUCUACCACGCAGAGAUCCUUGCUAUAACAUUUUCCCUUGGAAGCGCCCAACAAAAAUUACCAUAAUUAUUGAAGAGAUGUUUACCUCGUAGAUGCAGGUUGGUGAGACAUGUGCAGUUUGAUUUAACACCGAGAAUGAGGCAGUCUGUUUUUGUCAAUAUUGGAUCUUUCCAUGAAACAAUGCUGAUGUACUAUAUUUCAAGAGGCUUACACCUAAAUGAUUUUGCAAUGCCGCCCAUGGACUAGAUUUGAAAGAAAUUUCAGGUAACAGUAAUGGCACAUGUUUUUAAGGAAAAAAGAUGGCACCUGUAAGGACUGAUGACAGCAGCUGGAAUCUGGAGCUUGCGGAGGGCCCAAGUCGUGCAGUGAAAACUGAGUCAACCCCCCCAACACACGGUGGGUAGCUUCGCGCAACAAACGUCCAGGCUCGUGGUCAAAGCAUCAAUCAAUGCAUCGUGCUCGCUACUCCGACUCCUCACUGACAUCACACACCCUGCAAUCCAACCGCCAAAUUCCAUUCAUGGACAAAUACGUAGAAAGGAAGAUAUGUAUAAAUAGAUUCAUUUCGAUACGCUGUACAUGCAAAUCAUGCAAUUUCAUGCCUGUCAUGAUUCUUUUUUCUGGUGUCUACAUUAUUUUUCCUGUGCCAGACUUGCUUCAGAUUUGAGCAUUUGUCGUA